AUGGUAAAAGGUGGAAAGCGAUAUUCUUCAAUGAGCAACGAUGGCAAAUGGUUUGCUCACCAGGUUUUACCAGGGAAUGAAACAAGGAAUCGUGAGACUUGUACAAGCACUGGGGUCAUGCUGACCCAGGUUAAAUCAUCGUUGCCUCAAGCUUUGAACUUCAAGCGCUAUCCUAAAUGGAAAACUCAGCAGGAAUCUAGAGAGUUUCCAUUCUCAGACCAUGACAACAAGCAUGCCUUAAAAGACAACAUCUCUGUUUUCACUCAUGGUGUGGGGCGCCGGAAGAUCCUUGAUGAUCACAGACAGCAGAGCUCCCACUUCUGCCUGUGCCACGAUGGAGCUGACAACAGCCCUGAAGGACCUGGGGGGAACGCCACAGUCUGCCAGGCUGAUUUUAUGGUGAAACAGGCUGUUAAUGGUCCAAUCAGCACCAGACGGUUCCCCCGCAACCACAAGCAGAAGUCCGCAGAAGCAGCUUUGGCACAGACAGGGGAACAAUUUAUGUGGUUCGGGCGACAUGACUCUACCAUCUCCUCAGCACCUUCCAAGCCCUGA